GCAACGACGAGCUUCCUCUCAACCACGACGCCGAAAAUCACUAUGGGACGAUGGACAAACGAGUACCAAGACACCGUCCUCACCGCCAAACUCAAGGGCCUCGUCGGGGGCGCGAUCAAGCGCGCGAAGUUGGAGGAAAAGUCAGAGUUGAUCAGCUACAAACAUUUCGUGGAAGAUCUGGAUCUCGGUGACUCCUUCACGACGACUAUCAUUGAUAUUCUUGUCCAGGAAAUGGCUGCCCGCCGUUCGCGAAGUAAUCCGAGCGACCGACGACUCAUUGCGGACCAAACAGCAAAAAAUCUGCGAAUGUUAUCGACUCCCCUUCGUGUCUACCAAGAGCGCGAGCAACGCACCACCGUCCGGCGACGAAUGUCUGAAUAUUUGUCUGCACCUCCACAGGAAAUGGACUUGGAGGAGGAGGAUGAGUUGGCUUCACCUGACCCGCUACCCGAAGGCAUUCGCGUGAACGAUGAACUAUUCGACGCAUAUUCACAACGCUGGGCUCGACGAAGGACCACUGCUACUGCUCCAACGCCGCCUUUGUCUGAUGACAUAGCAACGCCCCCCGCUUCUAAUUCUCCCCCAAGUUUGUUCUCUCUGACUGAUGCGGAUCGGCUAUGGAACAGACAUAAUCGUCCACCAUCCCUUCGUCGUCUUAACCGUUCUCGCGGGGCGGAUUUCAACAGUUUCACCGCCCAUCGUCGUUCCGUUGCUCGUGACAGCGAUCUACACGCUUCGCCUCCAUCGGCAAGCAGUUCUCGAACAGCUCGACGUUUCUUUCCGUCAACCGGGUCCCGUCGACACCAAAGCUUGCAGUGGGUUGAAGCACCGCCGGCCUCCCGUAUUCGUGUCAAUGAGGGGAGCAGUACCACCAGUACUCCAGAGCUAGAAGGUGUCCCAGAGCCACUGUCUUUCCCCAGCUUCUUCGCUGACUCGGAGCCCCCUACUACCACAUUUUAUUCAUACCCGUCCCCAUCCCUCAUCCCCGAGUCCCAGUCGCGUCCACGGCUUCGAAGAGGCGGAGUUCGACCUCCAGAAUCACUUUUGUUUGGCCAUGAUUCCAGGACUACAUCAGACGAUGACGAUGAAGCAGCUGGGCCCGUAGCGCAGCCUGCCUCCACUGUUGCAGAAGCCGGGUCGGGGUCAUAUCCUACUCCUGGAUCUUCUGCGGGCGAGACAGAGGCACCUCUCUAA